AUGAAACUCUUUCUCCUGCCAAGGGCGUUGGUCGUCGCGAUACUCGGCGCGCAUCAUUAUGGGGGGUUUUCUCUGGCGGCCGCGGCUGGGACGUGCUCGCGGACCGUGACGGCGCAGGCCGGCGACACGUGCGCGUCCAUCGCCGCGGCGUCGGGCAUCACGGUGACGCAGUUCCUGCGCGGCAACCCGACCAUCACCAAGUGCGAGAGCCUGGCCGUCGGCACCCAGUACUGCGUCGACCCGGCCUUCGUCGCCUCGACCCCCGGCAAGUCGGUCGCCACGGCCACGACCGGGGCCGGCGCCGCCGUGCCCACGUUGCAGGUAACCCAGGACGGGCAGUGCGGAGGCAGCCUCACCUGCCUGGGGUCGUCGUACGGGCAGUGCUGCUCGCCCCACGGCUGGUGCGGCAAGACCACCGACCACUGCGGCGCCGGCUGCCUGGCCGAUUUUGGGCUGUGCGGCGAGGCCGGCGUGGUGCCGUCGUCGUCGGUUGUGGCGACGACGCCGGGGAACCCGACGUCGGUCGGCGUCAGCACCGGAGUCACCAGCGGUGUUGGCGGCGGCGGAGCGUCAGUCACGCAGACCGUGUUCGUAACGCAGACGGUGCAGACCACCGCGACCGUCAAGCAGACCAACACCCAGGUCGUCGUCGUCACCACAACAACCGCAGCCGCCGUAGCCACGCAGACGCGCACCGUCCAGACAACACAGACGGUGCAGACGACCCAGGUCGUCCAGCUAACGCAGACGAUCCAAAAGACGCAGACGAUCAUGGUCACGGUGCCGCUGGGCACCAACUACGUGCUCGUGACGUCGACGAGCGUCGAGACCAGCACGCAGGUAGUCCCCGUGACCAGCAAAGUGGUCGUGACGCAGAGCAGCAUCAUCUUCACCAGCUCGACCGUCACCACCAUCCGCACCAUCACCAUCACCGACGCCGGGCGCUGCGCCUCGUCGGCCAGGACCCUGCACGUGCCGCGCGCGACAGGUCUGCCGAUGAUGGCGGGCGGCGUCAUGCUGGCCCAGCCCUCGCCGAUCCAGGCCGGCGUCUCGCCGGGAUGCCAGACGUUUUACCAGGUCAGGAAUGAGGAUAGCUGCGAGGGGAUUGUGGACAAGCAUAAGGGGUCUCUGCGUCUGGAAGACUUGUGA